ACAAAUGACACUCAAUUCAGUCAUACACUCAUCACUGUGCACAUCCAUCACCACAUCCACUGUCAACCACUACUGACCAUCACUGCGAUCAUCAACUGAUCCACUCGUCCACCACUUGAUACGUGCCACAGUGUUGUGUCGAGUUGGCCACAGAUGGCUGAAGACCCGGAACAGGACUUCUCGAAGCUAUCGAUCGAAGAGCGCUGUAGCCAUAAGAACUGGAAGGCGAGACUCAGUGGUUACGAGUCGUUGACCUCUUUGUUCCAGACGUUGGACGACGAGAAGAGCCCGGAGUUUGUGAAGUACGCGCCGCUCAUCAAGAAGUUUGUCGUCGACUCCAAUGCCGCCGCUCAGGAAAAAGGGUUGGCCGCCGUUUUGGCGUUCAUCGAGAGCUAUGCGAUGGCCGGGAAGUACGUGGAGGGAGUGGUGAGCGGUAUUGUCACCAAAUGUCUCAUAUCACCCAAAGUGAAGACUAGGGAAGUGUCGCAAGAAAUUGUGUUAAUGUUCGUUGAGAUCGAGAAACAAGAGCUCGUGAUUGAAGAGCUAAUUAAAGGGUUGGACAACAAAACACCCAAAAUAGUGGCAGCGGUUGUCUCACUCAUCAGACAGUGUCUCAACUCGUUUGGGGUUAAAGUGAUUAACGUUAAGCCUAUCGUUAAGACAAUUCCCCGACUUUUAGAGGACAGGGAUAAGAAUAUUAGAGAUGAAGGAAAGCUAUUAUCAAUUGAAUUGUUUCGUUGGAUCAAAGAUGCGCUCAAACCUCAGCUCCAAAACCUAAAGCCGGUUCAGUUGCAAGAGUUAGAGACAGAGUUUGAAAAAGUUAAGGACGAGAGGGCGCGUCAGACCCGACUCUUAAGGUCACAACAGGUGAGGGUUGAACACGAGGCCGGAGGCGAUGAGUUGGACGGCAACACCAGCUCUCAUGCAAUGCCCGAAGAGGAGGCGCCCAUUGAUCCGUACGAUCUGAUGGAACCGGUGGACAUACUGUCCAAAAUGCCUUCAGAUUUCUACGAGUUAUGUGAGGCUAAGAAAUGGCAGGAAAGGAAGGAAGCCCUCGAGAAACUGCAGGAAUUGUUGGAUAAAAAUCCGCGUUUAGUUUCCGCCGAUUAUUCAGAUGUAGUGAGACUUCUGAAGAAAAUGAUUGGAAAAGACACGAAUAUCAUCGUCGUUACCAUUGCUAUCAAAUGUUUGUCAGCUUUGGCCACAGCCUUAAGAAAGUCGUUUCAUUCGUACGCAAACUCUUGUAUUUCUAUAAUCAUUGAGAAAUUCAAAGAAAAGAAGCAAACAGUUGUUCAGGCAUUACCUUUGGCCACAGCCUUAAGAAAGUCGUUUCAUUCGUACGCAAACUCUUGUAUUUCUAUAAUCAUUGAGAAAUUCAAAGAAAAGAAGCAAACAGUUGUUCAGGCAUUACGUGAGGCCAUCGAUGCCAUCAUUGUCGCGACAUUGAAUGAUAUGGACUCAACUGUUCGCGACUCAUCAGCCGAGGCCUUGGGAACGGCUAUGAAAGUGGUCGGAGAGAAGACGAUGACUCCAUUUCUUCAAGGAGUAGAAGCUAUAAAAAUGACUAAAAUUAAGGAAUUCUACGAUAAGGCAGAGGUGAAGAUCUCGGCGAGUGCUGUGCCCUCUACCACAGCCCCCUCUAAACCUCCAGCAGUGAAAAGGCCCCCAAAAGCAAAUAUCGCUAAAUUUCCGUCACAAGAAUCGAUCGGUGGUUCGUCUGAUGAGUUGAAUGUGAAACCAGUGGCCAAAAAGGCAGUGACGAAACCUAUUGCCAGUAAAGCAAAGAGUGCUUUGGGAAGGCCUCAAACGAACGGUUCGUCAUCUAAUUUGACCGCCAAUUCAGAUGAUACGAGUUGUGCACCAAAACAAAAAUUUCUGGUCAAAAAUAAGACCACAAAAGUGACGGCAACUAAGACAACAACCAGUGCUAAGAAAACAGAGGAAGUGGUGUCUUCUAAUUCACCGCUAAUGCCCUCAAAUAAGAUGAAAGAGCAGCGAUUAGCCGACGAGAAGGCUCUGAAAGUCCUUAAGUGGAACUUCACGACUCCUCGCGAAGAGUUCUACACUCAACUCAAGGAGCAGAUGAUUGGCGCCGAAUGGCAGACAAAUCUCGUUAACUAUUGCUUUCAUUAUGACUUCAAAUUCCACAUCAAAGCCAUAGAUUUGAUGAAAGAGUUCUUAACGAACGGUAAUCUGGAGGCGACGGCAGCCAAUUGUGAUCUGAUCCUCAAGUGGAUUGCCUUAAGAUUUUUUGACACAAAUCCGUCGGUUAUACUCAAAGCAUUGGAAUAUUUAUUACUCAUCUUCACUGCCUUUCACACCAAUAAUAUAAGUCUCUCUGACUCUGAGGCGAACUCUUUUCUGCCAUAUUUGGUCCUCAAAUCGGGUGAUCCUAAAGACGCCGUUCGUAAUAAAGUGCACGAUAUCUUCAAAACGUUGGGCGAGAUAUACGCGCCGUCGAAGAUAUUCACGCAUUUGAUGACUGGUCUGCAGUCGAAGAAUGCCAGACAACGGAUGACAUGUUUGGAUGAAUUGGCAAAUCUGAUUGAGUCGUGUGGACUGAGUGUCUGUCAGUCGACUCUAUCGGUAACGAUGAAAGAAAUCGCGAAAUUCAUCGCCGAUAGAGACAACGGCGUCCGAAACGCAGCCCUUAAUUGUGUGGUUCAGGUCUACUUCAUUGAAGGCGAACGCGUUUACAAACAUUGCGGACAACUCUCCGACAAAGACUCCAGUCUUCUCGAGGAACGCAUAAAGAGGGCCUCAAAGAACAGAAUACCUUCAGUUCCGCCUCAAACAGCGCCGGCAGCUCUCAAUAACGUUCCCAAUAUUCCCAAAAUGACGAGCGCUCCUAAUAUGAUGCCUGAAAGGAGAGAGAUUAGGUCUCCCAGUCCUCCAAACACUGCAACCAUUACUAAACAGUUCAGUGCGUCGAAGACAAUGACGAGACAACGGCCCAAAUCUAUGGGUCCUUUGGGUCCUCUUUCGCUUGAUUUGGAAGAAAUUGAACAAAAAAUGGGCUCUAAUUUGAAAAGAGAGAGACGAACCCCUCCUAAGAAUAUAGGACUCACUUAUAGGGCCAGAGAUAUGUACAGUGAAGACAACGUCGAAGAAAUCCUCAAUUUGCCAGACAUUCAGAUCAGGAAAAGCAUGGCAUCGAUGAACAAAAUCAACUCAUCGCCCAAAGCAGAGGUGGCUCUCAAUCUAGUGAUGGCUCAGUUGUCGUCGCAAGAAAUCAGUGCCGCAAUGGAAGCGCUCUCACAGUUGUCUCAACUGUUGGACAACGACUCGAAAGCAGAAGCAAUGCUGAGUCCAAAAGUGGAUCAAUUGAUUAUAAUGUGUUAUAUGCAGUACCGGCUCUUUCUGACCAAACAUUUGGCCGAUCAGUCGAUACCUAAAUCACAAGCCGUUGAUCUCUUCAGAGGAGUGACCGAUGUUUUGCUAACUUUAUUCUCAAAGCCAUAUUUGGGUCGAAAGGCGAGUCGAGAUGUAUUGCGAGAACUGAUGUCUCAUAUGAUUCAACUUCUGGUUGACUCGAAACUCAUUGAAUUAAAUGAAAACAAAGACAUUAUCCGAAGUGUCAAUGUUUUGGUGUCCACUGUAAUCACUGGAUCUGAUGCGACGAACGUGGUUUCGGCGUUAAUUAAAUUACUUCACGAUUGCGUCAGUAAUUCGAUCAACGCUUCGCCCAAAUUCAUGGAUAUGAUUAUGAAGUGUUUGUGGAAAAUAUGUCGAAAUCUUGAGAAUUAUAUCGAAAGCAUGGAUAUCGACAGAGUUCUCGUCGAAGUGCACCUCUUUCUCAAGUCUUUCCCAAGUUUGUGGUGGAAAGACAACAACAAAAGCGACACUCCAUUGCGAACCAUCAAAACACUCACUUAUCUUAUAGUUCACCAAAAAGGAGAGUCUAUUUUCACUCAUUUGACUCUAAUUCAAGAUAAAAAUGAGUCCGAAUUAUGGCAUUACAUACAGAAAGCACUGAAACAAAGCGACAAAUUAGUCAAGACUUCCACCAAAAACCAACACAACUCUUCUCCGCAUACGAUAAACAAGUCGUCAGAAAGUGAUUUGAAUUCAAUACUAAACAAAUUGGGAACCGAUGAGAACCAGACCGCUAUCAUAGAGCUCUACGACUUCACUGAAGCAAACCCUCAAAUAUCAUUAGAGCCUUAUUUGCAAAAGUUUUCCGAUUUCUAUAAGAACUUCAUUACCGAUGGUUUGAAUAGAAUCCGAACCGAAAGGGAAAGGACUCAAAAGCAUGAGAAAAGACUGGAUACUAAUGGCACUCAUAGUGCUAAUGGAGACGAACGACAUAAGCGGACGGCCUUCGCUCGGGUGCCUCCGCCUCACAACCAAAAAGAGGCCAUCGAGUGGUUGAAGUCAGCGGCCGGUGCUCUCGGAUACGAUGCAAACAAAUACAACGACUCAGAAAUCCUGUCCCAAAUGUCAUCAAACGAAGCGAUCACUAGUAUAGAAGCGGCAGAAAUAGCUGUCCAGAGGGCACAGGAGACCCUCGAGAGGUUUAAGAAGGCCUACGCUAACGGACAGAACAGGUAGACAUUCCCCGAUGACAGGCACCAGAGCUAUGGGUUGUUGUGUAAAUCAUUUCAUUAUAUAUUCCGGUAUUUUAGUUCAUUUAUCGUUUCGUUUAACUCUUAUAUUACGGUUAUAUACAGUAGUUAUCAGUCUUUUCUUAAUUUUAUGUCUAAAAUACUUUUUCUCAUUUU